GUUUUUUAGGGUCUGAAAGGGGGGGGGGGGGGGGGGGGAGGGGGUAGCCCUAAAAACUCGAACUUAAAACUUACACUCACUAUUUUCUUCGAAAAUAUAUGUGAGUUCCACAAAAUAAAGAUCAAUAUGACACUAAAAUUGUUAAAGUCGAAUUUAGCUCGUCAAAAACACGUGAUGAAAUAUUAUCCAAUGGUCAUAUGGUUAUUAACUAUGUUAAAUAUGAUGUUAGAGAAUAUUUAAAACAAGCAACUAUUCUUAUUUGUACAAAAUGUUUAGGUGUAGGACAUAUUCGCAAACAAUGCAAACAAACAGAUUUUACAUGUAAAGCUUGUAGUGAACGUUGUCCUGAUAUUAAUAAACACAAUUGUUCUGGCAUUGCUAAAUGCUUACAUUGUGGUGAAGAUCAUCAUUCAAAUGAUAUGAAAUGUAAGGUGGUCAAGCAACAUACAGCUGAUCUAACCAAAAUUCUCUUAUCAUCUUCCAACAAGUUGUUCAACAAUAUGUUCACCUCAACAACUGAAUUUCCUCCUUUACCACGUCCAACUAAAUCAACUAUUAAUGGUUAUAAACUGUUAGUAGGUGAACAAAAUGGAACCACGACCAAACUGGACCAGAUACUUAAUUCAAUCAACAAUAUUAAUGAUGCUAUGGUUGACCUUGUUAAACCAACUGAACAAUUUGAAGAUUAG